CGCGGUCUGAUGUAGGGCUAGCGUUAGUAUGCGCGCAAGAAGAAAAGUUGGAGUUUGUCUGUGUCGGUGACGUUACCCUCGAGUAUGUUGGAGGUCCGCAAUAUUGGUUUUGUCGGAAUGAUAUCGAGGGUGCUGCGGCACUAAUUUGCGUCUGUUGCGAGAGCUAGAGCGGGUCCUCCAGAGGAUUCCUAAGCGCUCGUUGUCUGAAUGGCUUUCCAUACUAGCUCAUCGUGAGCGCGACCGGGUGCAUCAGGCUUUGAUGCAGAAAUUUGCCGAACACGUUAAAACACGGCUCGGAGAGAGACUCGACUAUGUGACGACUAUCACAGAUCCAUCAAAUGCCAUUGUUGCUGGCAAGCCCAGCUUGGUGAGGUCUUGUGACCUGCGUGAGAGCGGGAAAGCUAAGUGGAACCUUACACGGCACCGCUUCUCUGAAGGACGACUAUUCGGCGUACCCUUUGACGCAGGGGCAGAUCGAGUGGACUUUUUCAUUGCUCUGCUGAGGAAAGACCCGCUUGAGGGACUUAGCGGCGCGUUUGUUUUCCCGAAGCAGUUCCUUCAGGAUAACGGAAUUUUGUCCGUCAAUUACAAAGAAGGAAAGUGUGGGAUGAUGUUGUACCCACCAGGGUGUCGCGCGGUGUCGUUGGCCAAGAAAGAGUUUGCAUUGAAG